AUGCUAUCAUGUAUCAUUUCUGAUGUGGACGAGGAGGAGGAGACAAAAUCUUGGAAAAAGUUAAUUAAUAUUGCUGUUUCAGGUGCUGCUGGAAUGAUCUCUAAUCAUCUACUUUUCAAACUUGCGUCUGGUGAGGUUUUUGGGCCAGAUCAACCUAUUGCAUUGAAGUUAUUGGGAUCUGAAAGGUCAUUCCAAGCUCUUGAAGGUGUUGCCAUGGAACUGGAGGAUUCUUUGUUUCCUUUGUUGAGGGAAGUGAUUAUUAGCAUAGAUCCUUAUGAGGUGUUCCAAGAUGCAGAAUGGGCACUUUUGAUCGGAGCAAAACCACGGGGGCCUGGAAUAGAACGAGCUGCCCUAUUAGACAUAAAUGGGCAGAUUUUUGCUGAGCAGGGGAAAGCUCUCAAUGCUGUUGCUUCUCGUAAUGUCAAAGUGAUGGUAGUGGGCAACCCCUGUAACACCAAUGCGUUGAUCUGCUUGAAAAAUGCUUCGAACAUACCUGCAAAAAAUUUUCAUGCUUUGACUAGAUUAGAUGAGAAUAGAGCAAAAUGCCAGCUGGCUCUCAAAGCAGGAGUCUUCUAUGACCAAGUGUCAAAUGUGACCAUCUGGGGAAACCACUCAACCACUCAGGUACCAGACUUUCUAAAUGCGAGAAUAAAUGGCUUACCUGUCAAAGAAGUUAUUAAAGAUGCCAAGUGGUUAGAGGAAGAGUUCACAGAAAAGGUGCAGAAGAGAGGUGGUGUUCUGAUUCAGAAAUGGGGAAGAUCUUCAGCUGCAUCAACUGCUGUGUCAAUUGUUGAUGCCAUCAGAUCUCUUGUAACUCCAACUCCUGAGGGUGAUUGGUUUUCUUCUGGAGUUUACACCAGUGGGAAUCCUUAUGGUGUAGCAGAGGACAUUGUAUUCAGUAUGCCCUGCAGAUCAAAAGGAGAUGGUGAUUAUGAACUCGUCAAAGAUGUUAUAUUUGAUGACUACCUGCGCAAGCGAAUAAAAAAGACCGAAGAAGAGUUGCUUGCAGAGAAAAGAUGUGUGGCCCAUCUUACAGGGGAGGGUAUUGCUGUCUGUGAUCUACCUGAGGAUACAAUGCUUCCUGGAGAAAUGUAG